AUGGAAGCCUUGCGUGCUGGGUCACGGCAGCAUCCGUCCUCCAACAUUCGCAACGUUUGCAUCCUUGCCCACGUCGACCACGGCAAGACUUGCCUCUCGGAUCGCCUGUUGAGUGUCAACGGGCUCAUCAGUGAGGCUUCAGCAGGAAAGGUUCGCUACCUGGAUUCUCGCGAGGAUGAACAGAGGCGGCAAAUCACCAUCAAAGCAAGCGUAGUUUCGCUGUUCUUCAGGCGUCCAGACCCUGACGCGAACGGUGCAGAGCCGGAGAGAUCUCCGGGACCGUCUUCUUCUCGGUGCUGUGCCUCACGUUCCUCUCCCGCCACGUCUGCUGAUGCUGGCGGCGCUCCAGCACCCCAGGAGGCAGAUGCCUCUUCUCAGUGCACUUCCGGUUCUCCGCAGGAUGGAGGGCGCUCGCCCCGAGCCGAGGCAGCGAAGCCCGACGGCCUCGCCCGGCACGUGCCGUGCUACGUGGUCAAUCUCGUGGACUGUCCAGGGCAUGUCGACUUUGCCAGUGAGGUGUCGGCGGCGGUGCGUCUCUGCGACGGCUGCCUCCUCCUGGUAGAUGCGGUUGAGGGGGUGGGGCCCCAGACAGUCGCCGCCCUCCAGCAGGCAUGGAACGAGCGAGUGGUGCCUCUUCUUGUGUUGACGAAAAUCGACAAGCUGAUUCAGAAGUUGUGCCUGACUCCUAGCGAGGCGUAUGCGCAUUGCCAAGCAAUUAUCGAGCAGGUCAAUGCACAUCUUCACCAGCAGAUUCAUUCGGAGUUCAUUGCGGCCACGCCUGCGUUUCCGGCCGACUCCGCCCUCGAAGAAGAGGAGGCCUGCCCAGGCACAGGCUCAGAGUCCCCGACCGGUGGGACGCAGGGCGACCAAGAAGUCAACGCGAAGGCGAGCAAAGCUGGCGGCGAGGCCGCGAAGUCCGCCGGUCUGUUUGCGUGUCACGGAGAUCCCUCGGGAGAGUUCGUCUACUUUCGUGGCGACGUAGAAGAGAAACUCGAAUUCCAUCCAGCCAGAGGUAACGUCCUUUUCGUCUCUUCACUCCACGGAUGGUGCCUCCAUCUUCCCUCGUUCGCCCGGCAAAAUCUCCUCGGGCUUCUCCAACUCCCGCUAGCUGUGCUCCCUCGCCUCCUCCCGGCGCUCUGGGGCGACUUUUACCUGAAGCGCACGUCGAAGGCGUCUGCCGGCGCUCAGACUGUCUCCGCCUCGUCCGCGUCGUCUUCUGAGAAGUCCCGGACGGAGGGCGCCGGGUUCGAGAUUCGCAAGGCCCCGGCCUUUGCCCGGCAGCCGCGCAUCGUGGAACAACUCGUUCUAGGCAACAUCUGGAAAGUGUACGAAGCAGCUGCGUCGCCCGCGACUGGGCAGGGUUCCGGAUCCAGCGGACGCGCAGCAGGCGAGAAGCUCGAGAGACUGUGGAAGAUGAUCGACGCUUUGGAGAUCCCCGCCAGUUCGAAGGCCUGCGUGAAGGCAGAAGUUAAGCACAUCGUCGCAGUGCAGAGCCAGGUGCUCCUCGGCGGAAGAGGGUCCAGAGAGAGAGGCGCACGCGGCGACGACGGCUCAGCUCUCGGGGAACGAGCGGACGAAGACUUAACUGAGGACAUCGUUAAGGCCAUCAUGACGCGCUGGCUUCCCGUCGGGGAAACUGUCCUGGGCGUCAUUGUCGACCGCAUUCCGAACCCGCUAUCGGCGGCUAGGCAGCGCCUGGCGUAUCUCUGCCCAUCUUUCCAGCGGACGCUUGGCGGUCCUGUGGGGCCCCAGCUGCUGCGGUUGCAGCGCGAGCAGAUGAAGGCGCUCGCGGUGAAGUCAGAGAUCCCGGAAGCUUCGGAGACGCCGCCGGGCAAGGUGCGGAGAGAACCGCCCUCCUCGCCAGAUGCCUCGUGCCGUUCGCUCGGUUCUAGGCCUGAAGCCUGUUUCGCGAAACCUCCCUUGGUACUGUUGCACGUGGCCAAGUUUCUUGCCGCCGACCAGAAGAUGCUGAGACUCACAGGAGAUCGAUUGCAAGGUGCCGAGCACUUCAGCGGCUUCGUCGGUCUCUGCCGUGUCUUUGUCGGGACGCUUCGCCGUGGCGCCGUGCUCUACGUGUGCACGGAGAAUUCUGCCGAUGACCUGGAGGGACUCGGCGGCGAGCUCCUGUCUGGCAAGUCUUUGGCGAGUGGUCACGGGACAGAGGAAGGCGAGGCCUCGGGGUCCCUCACUGGAAGCGGAGCCGGCGGUCCUGAGACAGGAUCCCCAGGCGCGCGUUCCGGAACGCGCGAGGCGUUCUCUGUGCGUCAGAUCUACGUCCUCUUUGGACAAGACCUGAAACCGAUUGAUGCAGCCGCAAGCGGCUCUGUCGUGGCCGUCAGUCUGCGUCCUCGCAAAAAGAAAGGUGUAGCGAAAGCGUGGGAGCGUUCGGGAAAUCCGGCAUCUGACCGCCCCGUCGGGUCGCCGUCGGGUGUACAUACAGCUGAGAAGAGCGCGCGCGAGGGCGACGGCUCGAAGCCGGAAAAGAAGGCGUUCGAGGAAUUUCUGGGGGCCGAGCGCGACGAAGCACCCACGGACGAGAGCGAGUCCAGUGACGAGGAAUCGGAGGAAUCUGUUCGGGAUGUCACAGCGUGGCUCCAGUCGCUCCGCGACCGCAAUCGGCCUCUCCUGUUGCAGCACCAGGGCGGCUUUUUUUCCAGUCCCGCAGGCGUCGGCUCCGCAUGCGCGGGGCCAGGCCACGUGGCGGGCGUGACGAGUCUCCAUCGGUGUGUGACGCUGAGCAGCUGGCCGACCUGUCCGUCGCUUCUCACGCCGUACUCAAAGGCGUCCUCGGCGAUAGUUCGCGUGGCCGUCGAGCCUCAGCGUCUGGAAGAUGCCCAGCAGUUUGUCAAGGGAAUGGCGCGUCUGUACGUCGCAGACCCGUCGAUCGAGCUCUCUGUCCUGGACAGCGGCGAGUUCCUCAUGGGCUGCUGCGGGGAGGUCCACCUGGAGACGUGCCUUCGAGACCUUCAGGGCUUAUACGCGGAGGUGCCCAUCACAAUUUCUCCCCCGAUGGUGGCCAUUCGCGAGACGUUAGCGCCGUUCGCCUCCCUGAGCCGGAGCGGCGAUGCGUCAGCGGGCCUCGCCUCCGCCGGUCCCGCGAGUGGGAUCGCGCCCCACAACGUCUUCUGCUCCGUGUCGCUGCGUAUCCCUUUCCCGCCGUGGGCGAAGGCGCCUCUGCUGCAUCCAGGCGCUUCUGCGUCAGCGGCCGCUCCCUUCCCCGCCUUCGCGUCUCCCGCGGGGACUCUCCCAGGCGCCUCAGCCGACAACGCUGCGUGGUGCCCGUCUGGGACAGGCGCCGACCUCGCGGCGACUUUUGCUUCUCCGGAGGCAUCUGACGGACGCGCCCUGCUGCCCUCGCGCGCGCCGGUGAACGGCUUCGCGUCUUCUCCGUUCGCCCCGGCCUUCGAGACGCAGCCGCAGUCCCCACAGGCUGCGCGCGACUGUGCUGGAAGCCUGGCCAGUGGCGCGGCAGUGGACAGGGGCGAGGGAGAGAGGCAGGGCGGCGGCCGAGGCGGCGAGGACGCAGUUGCUGCUUGGUUGGCGAAGCGCGCGACAGAGCUGCAACCAGAGGGCGUCUGCGCGUGGACGGCUGGUCACCAGCUGGGCAUUCUGCUGCGGGCGGAGCCCAUGCCGCCUGAAGUGACCACGUGGCUGACCGACGCGUCUCGAGAGAUCAACGCCGUUCUCAAGUCGCGUGUCCCGUCUCGCCGGUUCCUCCGCAGUGAAGAUCUGCGGUCGUCGCCCGGUGACUCGGACCCCGCCGCUCCGGCUUCCAGCGGUGCGCGGCCGGGAGGCGCCUCGGCCGCGGGUUCGCUGAACGCUCCGAACCUCCUUCAAGAAGCGAUGGAACGCAUCGCCGCAGCAUUUCGAGCGGAGUGGGUGCAUAGCGGCCGGCGGUGUCCUUCCCAGGAGCCAGCUCAGGGUGGGCCAGACUGCGGCCCGGAACCCGAGUCGGCCGGCGCUGCGUCGCCUUCCACCGGCCAGCGGUUUGGCCCGUCCGCGCGAGAACAAGGAAGCGCGUCUUCUCGCGGAGGGGCUCCAGAAGGCCGCACGCCAUUUCCGGGACAUCUUUGGGGCCUCGCGCUCUCCGCGGGGGCGUGCACCGCUCUGCUCGCGUCCCACGCGUGUCGCCUGGUGGUGCCGAGCUCUCCGAGCUCCGGCGACAGCGGCGCGGGCAGCGCAGGAGGGGAGAAAAGAGGCGCGACGCCCGCGGAAGGCCGAGUGGACGGGACGCCGGGAGGCGCGCGAGGAGGGCAGGGCGGCGACAAAACGGACAGCGCUCCUCCAGGCUGGCGAGAACUGCGCGGCCUAGAGGAGUGGCGGCUGGCGCACUCGUACGGGGCAGAUGCGGUCGCGUGGGCGUCGGAUUCGAGCGGCGCCGUCUUGAAGCGGGUGGUCCCUGCGCUUGUCUCGGGUUUCGAGCUCGCUUCGCUUAGCGGCCCGCUGGCUGAAGAGCGUGUGCGAGGCGUCGCGUUCAUCGUCGAAGCUCUCGUGUACCACAGCCCCUCUCUCGGCUCCGCGGCCGGAGGCAGCUGCGCGUCGUCGCCGAGUGGAACGCGCAGAGCGGGGGCGAGUCGAGUUCUCGACGCGGUUCCGGGAGGAAAGGAAGAGUUUUUCGCGGACACAGCCAGCCUCGCUUCCGUCGACUCGGCCUCUCGCACGCUCUGCUCGGCGAACUCUGGGAUGCCGUACGGCCCGUUCUCCGGCCAAGCGAUGUCCACGAUGAAGGAGGCGUGCAGGCGAGCUCUCCUGCAGCGAGGACGGUGCCGCAUCUACGAGGCCAUGAUUCGUUUCACCUUGACCUGCGAACAGCGUGUGCUGGGGAAAGUCUACGGCGUGCUGUCGAGGCGAAGGAGCAAAAUCUACAAAGAGGGCCUUCUCGACGGCCAAACGUCGCUCUUCGUUGUUGACGGCUGCCUACCCACCUCGGAGGCGGUUGGCAUCGCGCGAGAACUUCGCUCCAAGGCUUCCGGCCACGUCUCCCUCCAGAUGCAAUUUUCCCACUGGGAAAUCCUUGACGAGGACCCGUUCCCUGAGGCGUGCAUGACCGAGGAGGAGUUGGAGGACGAAGGGGUGGCUGGAGUUGCCGCCCUUGCCUCUCAAAUCUGCGCAAGGAGAAUCAUCAAUUCCAUUCGGAAAACAAAGGGCCUCCCUACGGAAGAAAAGGUUGUGGCGGCAGCUGAGAAACAGAGGACUCUCACGAGGAACAAAUGA